AUGUUGCUAAUCGCGCAUCUCGUAUUCAAAACACCAGCGUCAGGCCCGCCUAGAGAAUUUGGAACUCAAUUACAGCAUGAAUUCAUCAGAUUAAUCGCUCCAGGAAAGGAACGAAGAUGUUCCAAAGCGAGUGAUGUAAACACAGGCUCUAUAAAUGCCCAGCCACCUGGAGUUGAGGGACAAAUCUUUCCAGAGCACCAUGAAGAACCCGAAAUAGCGAGCUAA